UCUCAUUUUCACUCGCAAUUCACAAAGCAAAUUCUCUUUCUUCUCUGAACCCUGAAAUCUCUCAUCUCUUUUAUCAAUGGCUCGUACCAAGCAAACCGCUAGGAAAUCAACAGGAGGAAAGGCACCAAGGAAGCAAUUAGCAACAAAAGCUGCUCGGAAAUCUGCACCGGCAACCGGAGGAGUGAAGAAACCCCACAGAUUCAGGCCAGGAACUGUAGCUCUAAGAGAAAUCAGAAAGUACCAGAAGAGCACUGAACUCUUGAUCCGUAAGCUUCCAUUUCAACGUCUGGUUCGGGAGAUUGCUCAGGAUUUCAAAACUGAUUUGAGAUUCCAGAGUUCAGCAGUUGCAGCCCUUCAAGAAGCAGCUGAAGCUUACCUUGUUGGACUAUUCGAAGACACUAAUCUCUGUGCAAUUCAUGCUAAGAGGGUUACCAUUAUGCCCAAGGAUAUUCAACUUGCUCGUAGAAUCAGAGGUGAACGUGCUUAGAGGAGGAGAUUAACAAGGUCUUUCUGUCUUUCAAUUUCUUAGUGGAUUUUGUAAAUGUUUUGGGGGUUUCUAGGGCUAAUUAAGGAUGAAUGAAAUGUGGGUCUGUAGUUUCCAGAUCUAAUGAAAUGAAAAAAAAAACUAGUUGAUGUUAUUUUCUAUCCUGAAAGUUUCUAUUGUUAUCAUUUGUCUGA